AUGUUCGACUCGCUGUACAUGCGCCUCUCUCAAAAGCCAAGCUCGUCGCUCUGUGGUGAGGAGGCUCUGGAGGAGCUUCUUCUGUUGUCUAUGAGCCUUCCGACGCACUGGCUGGACCAGCGACUCAAGACAUCGCCGACGGUGUAUGCCACGGAUGCAUCCCCCGAUGGUGGUGGGGCCUGCGCCAGUGUUGAGCUUUCAGCUCGUGGCCGCGCCAAAUGCCAGAACCUCCUGACGAUGGACGACCUUGGGGGGAAGAAUGAUGACGUGCUGGUCAUUGAGUUCUUCGGUGGUAUUGGGAUCGUCUUUAUUGACAACAAUCCGCUCUGUGUGAAGCUGGCCAAGCGGCACUGUGCAUAUGUCCUCCCCGUCGAUGACAUCAAGAAGGUCACUGAGGAGAUGGUCCGUGAUUGGCGGCGGCAGUUCCCUCGUGUAAAACGAGUGAUAGCAGGUGGCGGCUGGCCUUGUGUAAAUCACUCCCUGCUUAACUCGGCACGUGAAGGAGCCGGGGCUGAGACAUCGGAGCUCUUGGGCGUGAUGCUGCAGGUUGCGAAGUGGCUCCGAAAAUGCAGCAAGCCACUACGCUUGCCUGAUUGGGAGAUUGUCGAGCUCUAUGAUAAUGUUGUCAUGGACGAGUCGGACCUGGAGAUCCAAUCACGAAAGAUUGGGUUUUACCCAAUGUUUGUGGAGGCUGGCGAUAUGCUCUGGUGCCGCCGACCCCGUCUUUGGUGGCUUCGAGGCUUGCCUCUGGUUCCUGCAACAGACUUGAGUGUGGCCGAGAAGGUGGAAAAGUCGGCUUCGCCUCAUUAUGCGAACCUCUCAAAGGUCAAGCGUGUGAAGCUCGCGUGCACCAAGCCGGCGCUGGCUACGGUGUUGGACCCCGGAUGCAAGAAGCUGCUGGAGGAUGAUGAGCCCUUCUUCACCGUCACUCGCAAAGACUUCACGCUUGCAGAGCUCGAGCUGGCAAGCCAGGUUUGGACCGGAGGCGGGCAAUUUGCCGACGGCUGCAUCCCUGCGUGCGCGCGGUCCCUUCCUACUUCGUGGGCCGACGAGCAGCUGCUGGUUUACCUGAUUUCACAGAAUGUCACUCACCGUGGCACGGAUGUUCGCUUGUCAAAUCAAGCCCCCAUGAUUGCGUCGGACUUCUGCCGACGGACCGUGGACCCGACUAUGUGGUCUUGGAAAGUGGUGAUGUCGCAUAAGCGGCCGGGCCACAUCACUUUGCUGGAGCUUGUUGCGAUUCUCGACCUCUUGAAGAGACAGUCGCGGACCAAUGAGUGGCACUCCUCCAACGUCCUGGUGCUCGUGGACAACCAAGCUGUCAUCGCCGUUUUGGCGAAGGGCCGCUCCAGUGCUCGUCAACUCCAAGGCCCCCUCAGGCGCGUUGCAAGCCUGAUGCUUAUGGGCCACUUCCGCUUGCUGGUGGCGUGGGUCAUGUCGGAAUGGAACCCGGCUGAUGGUCCCAGCCGUUGGGUUGGGCGCCGGGCGCUACGAGAUGCCUAA